AUGAUGACAAGAAACCACAGUAGUGUUUCUGAAUUUCUCCUCUUGGGCCUCUUGGAACAUCAGGAACAACAACAUUUCCUCUUUGGCAUCUUCUUGAUCAUAUACCUUGUCACUGUGGUGGGAAAUAUGUUAAUCAUUCUGGUAAUUUUCUCUGAUUCACACCUCCACAGUCCCAUGUACUUCUUCCUGGCUAACCUCUCCCUCACUGACCUGUGUCUAUCAUCAACUACAGUCCCCAGGAUGCUAGUAAACCUCCAAACUCAGAAGCACAGUAUCCCCUAUGCUGGAUGCCUGUCUCAGAUCUAUUUUUUCCUGUGGUUCAUUGGACUAGAUGUUUUCCUCCUGGCAGUGAUGGCUUAUGACAGGCUUGUGGCCAUAUGCUAUCCCCUUCACUACACCUUGGUCAUGAGUCACAGAUGCUGCAUCCUGUUGGUAACCAUAUCCCUAUUCCUUGCCCAUUCAUAUGCUCUAACCCAUAUCAUUCUCCUGUCUCAGUUAUCCUUCUGCAUGGACAACAUCAUUCCCCAUUUCUUCUGUGAACUUCUUCCCAUCUUGAAGCUCUCUUGUUCCAACAUUUUUGCCAACCAGUGUGUGCUGCUCUACUGGGGAGGAGCAUUAACUGUCUUAAUUCCUUUGUUAAUCAUUGCUUCAUAUGUCCGCAUUGUGGCCACCAUUGUGAGAGUCCCAUCAGCAAGAGGAAAGUGGAAGACCUUCUCCACCUGUGGGUCCCAUCUCUCAGCAGUCUGCCUGUUCUAUGUGUCUGCAAUUGGGGUAUAUUUCAUUCCAUCUGAUGCUGAUUCAGCUAGCAAGGACAGGAUUGCAGCAGUGAUGUAUGCUGUGGUGACCCCAAUGCUGAACCCAUUCAUCUAUAGCCUGAGAAACAAAGACAUGACAAGUGCCCUGAGAAGAUUCCUGAACAGGAGUUUGCUGCAACCUCCACAAAGCUAA